AUAAGCUUGAUUUAUGUAUGUACGAAAUAAUCACACGUCACGGCAUAAAUAGCGCUUAUGAUGUCACAAAUGAUUUUGAAUACAAUAAUAGCGUUCGAUAACAAAGCGCGCGUGAUUUGCAUGUGUACGGCGAGUAUUAGUUGUUUUUGAAUGGCGUGUUUUGGCGGAAAUUUGUUUGGCUUUUAUUUAAGGUAGCAUGGGUGGUGUUAGCAAGCAAGCUCAUAUUAGCCAGCCAGCUGCGUGCUCGGCGCCACAUUUGCUGCAGGAAUAAUGGCUAGUUACACGCAGUAGCAGAUAAUUAAUAUAUUUUAAAUCACAGUGCAAGUGUUAAGUGUGCAUUAUUUGCAUCGUGUUUUGAAGCCUUUGCUUGACAAAAGUUAGCAUGUUAGCGUGAAUGCUAACAUUUUCUUGAAGCACAAGUAUUGAGCGCUCGAGUGGUCCAGUGUGUGAUUUACUACAGGCAGGCUCCAGUGCAGGGUGGACUGACCUGUCAUGAAUGAGCCCAUUGAAGGCGGUGGAAUCUCGUUCGACGAGUAUGUGCGGCAAAAGGUGCGCACUGUACCUCAGCACCGCAUGAAAGAGUUUCUGGAGUCGCUGGCCACCAAAGGUACGGAGGUGCUGCAGGAGUUCAGUCAGCAGACCAGCGGCACCACCACGACUAUGGUGUACCAGCAGGGAGCCAACUGCAUCUAUACAGACAGCACAGAGGUGGCGGGGUCAUUGCUGGAGCUGGCAUGUCCUGUGCAGGUGACAUCUACUCAGAUUUCUCCCCAACUGGCUGCAGCUGUGCACCAAGCAUCUGAACAGCAGAUUCAAGUACAGGUGCAGAUUCAAGGGGAGCAGGGUCAAACAGUUGGUCAGGUACUUCAAGUGGCUUCUCCCACCCAACAGCAGUUACAUGGAGUCACUACAACACAGCUGAUACAACAGGGAGAGCUUACCGAGGAACAACAACAGCAGAUCCAGGCCCAGCUUGUAGCAGCAGUUGCUGGAGGUCAGCAGAUUCAGAUCCAGACUGUGGAGGCUCUGUCUCCUCAGCAGCAGGGCUCCCCCAGAGAGGCAGAAAGACGACUUGGAACCUCACCUGCUGUCCUCCAGCCUGCAAAGAAACGCAAGGUGGACGUCCCUACAGUUGUCUCCUACUCGCUGCCUCAAGGGCAGCAGCUAGCUACUGUACUGGCCAUCCCACAGGGCCAGCAGCAAGGUUACCUGUCACUUCGACCAGACCUGCUUACCGUUGAUAGCACUCACCUGUACAGUGCCACCGGUACCAUCACUGGCCCAGCAGGUGAGACCUGGACCAUACCUGUGUACUCUGCCCCACAGCAGCAAGGUGUGACCCACAUUGCGAUCCCUCAGGAGGCCUACAGCACUGUGCAGGUACAGGCCUCGCCUAACGCUCAAGAUAAAGACAAAGACAGGAUGAUGAUAUCUCAGGCUGCCGGGGCAGUGGGUGUUCCGGUGUCUGGAUCAGGAAUGACCACACAAGAGGAAGUUGUACAUUCACUUUUCCCUGCACAGUUUAUGAAUGGAAACAUUCACAUCCCUGUAGCAGUGCAGACAGUCGGGGGCACUUACUCCGGGACUACGCAAGCCCUGCACAUAUGGGAUCCUCAGCAUCAGCAGCAGCAUAUACAGGAUGGGGAGGCUCAGCAACAACAGCUCCACCUGCAGACAGAGGCAGAGCCACAGGUAGAAGAUCCACCUGAGAUGGUUCUCCCCAACACACUGAAGCCUGAGGAAGGAUUGGAUGUGUGGAAGCUUUGGGUUCAGCGCAAAAAUGCUGAGUUGGACAAGAAUGAACAAAAUAAACUUGCACCUAUUGGACGUCGGCAGCCGCUUCGUUUCCAGGAAGAUCUGGUGUCAAGUUCAGUGGGUGAGCUGAACUUGGCUCUGUCCCUGAUGAACCAAGAGGCUCGAGGGCUGGAGGGGGAGCCAUUUGAUCCCGACUCACUCUACUAUGUAUUUUUAUGUAUACAGAAAUACAUGUUUGAGAAUGGCAGGGUAGAUGACAUCUUUUCAGAUCAGUACUAUGGUCGGUUCUGUCAGUGUUUACACAAAAUUCUGGAGGAGUGGAGGCCCAGUGUUCACCCUCUUGGCUACAUUAUCCCAAGCCAUGUGACAGAGGAGAUGCUAUGGGAGUGUAAACAGUUGGGAGCUCAUUCUCCAUCCACUCUACUUACUACACUCAUGUACUUCAACACCAAGUACUUUCACUUGACCACAGUAGAGCAGCAUAUGAAAGUGGCCUUCUCCAAAGUGCUCAGACACACCAAGAAGAACCCUACCAAUCCUAAAGACAAGAGCACCAGCAUUCGCUACCUGAAAGGAGUUGGGCCUCACCAUAUUGGACAGAAAGUGACGGAUGACAUGUACGUAGAGCAAGCCGAAGACCCAGAGAACCCACUGCGUUGUCCCAUCAAGCUCUAUGACUUUUACCUUUUCAAAUGCCCUCAGACUGCCAAGGGUCGAAAUGACACGUAUUACCUGACGCCAGAACCUGUCGUGGCACCUAACAGCCCUAUUUGGUACUCCACUCAACCAAUCACGAGCGAGCAACUGGAGCACAUGCUCACACGCAUCAUGAUGGUGCGGGAAAUUCAGGAGAUAAUCUCCAUUGUGCAGGCCAAUGUACACUGAGAGAAAACUAGAGCAAGAUGGAAAGACCUUUCACCUUCAACACUCCAUCUUGCCAUCCUCUCCUUUCUCGAAGAGACUAAACCAAGUUGCUUCUGUGGUGUCUCCUAAUGAUUUAAAGGAGAGCACAGGAGAGGUUUUCAAUGAAAUGGACAUACAUACAUUUUUUUUUUUAGAUACAGAAAUUAGUUUUGUUUGUUCCACUUAAUGACCAUCAAAACGUAUUUGCCCAGAUCUCCCAUUUUGUGCAUUUUCUCUUUCUGCCAUGUAUGUUAUGCUCCAUCCCUUUCCCCACUGUCCUCUCUUUAAAGUGCUGAACUGUAAAGAUUGAAUGGUUUUAAUUUCACAAUUAAGCUCUAGUCAUUAUCAGCAGUGGGCUGGAAAACCAUGUGAUGGUUAUGUGUAUGCGUUUCAAGUCAUGGCCUCAUCCACCUGUAACAUCUACAUAAACCUAACAACCCUCGCUUACCCCCAGGAGCUUGCAAUAGCAGAGUCGACAUACCUGAGGAGUGUAUUAUACAUGAAGACCUUUUGUUUCUAUUUGUUUUUUUUUAUAUAUAUAUAUACAUGCAUCUAUGGUAACCUGAUACGUAUUGAUAUAUGGUGGUGCUGGAGAAGCUUGUGUUUUCAAACAUGCCUUUUUGUAC